AUGAGUUUUGAAGUUUCGGGUGGAAACAGAGAAUGGAGACAGGAACCCUCUACAGACCCUGAGCGGAGGUCCUUCAGCAGUCCCAAUGACCUGACCCAAAGUCCCAGCAGUUACAGCAGCAGCAGAAGUGACAGAAGUAAGACAGGCUACAGCAACCGAUCCCUCAGAGACAACUCAUCCUCCGAGACAUCAGGGGGUGAGAGCGAGACGCAUAAAACGCCAGAGAAAAGGAAGAAUAAGAUGUGUCAAACCUUUCCAAAAGUUGACAAAGGAUUUUCCUGGAGGAAGUCACCACCUUGGAAGCGGUUGUCCUUGAAGCCACAACAUGCGCCAUUCCCCACCUGCAAAGCAGAAAAUGACGUCACACAGCGUGUCUUAUCAGCACAAGUUUGCAAAAUUAAGGAACUGAAGGAUGAAAUGUGCCACGUCCAGCGCACCCUAGAGGCAGUGAACCGCGAGAACCGGCUGCUGACCCAUCUCCAGCACAGACACAUGAAGGCGCUGCAGAAGUAUGAGAGCACAGAGGGCGGUAUACACCACCUUAUAUCCAGGCACAAUAAUGAAGUAAGGACACUGAGAGAAAACCUAAGAGCCACUCAGGAGAGCGAGCGAGGGCUGACCCUGAAACUGAAAAUAGCAGAAAGCGAAUUACUGAAGGCAAAGGACAGCAUACGGCGGUUACAGCGACUCUCUGAGGAUAAGAAUCUCGCCGAGAGAGAAGAGCUCAAUAAUAAGUUAUCCAAUCUUCUCAUUAAGAUGGAAAUCGACAGCACCAAAGUCAAGGUACUGGAGAAACAACUCCACCUGACGGCGCGCUUCUAUGACCGCCAGAUGUCUCUAGAAAGUAAGAAGGCGUCUGAGGCCCGCGACACCGCGAGGAGGCUGCAGGAUCACAUCCUAGUACUGCAGCAGACUAUAAAGGAAAAGGAGAGAGAACUGCAUAUAAAAAACAUCUAUGCCCAUCGAAUGCCAAAAAACAUAUGGAAAUGUGACAGCUUGGAUGGUCAGAGAGGCCUGACUGUCACUAAGAGCACGCAGACAGAGAGCGAGGUGUCUCCACAAGAUCAGCCGGGCGGACACGAAGCCGAGGAGCACGCCACUCCACCAGACAAGAAUAUUGAAUCGGAGAAUGAGAGCGCUAGAAAGGAAGACAAUGAUCCUCAGAUGACCAGCGAAGGUCCAGCGAUGUGGGGCAGUCUGGACAAAAGGCCCACGAAAGUGGAAAACCCCUUGAAGCACAUUGAUAGCACAGUGCUGGCUACUGCUGUGAAGGGGGGCAACAUUUCUGCUGGCAACACAGCACUCCAGCAGGCAAUACAGAUGCUUCUGCUGAAGGCGUAUCCACAGAAUAAGACCCCAACACAUGACGUCUUGCAGACGAAGGAUAGUGAUAACUUUUUGGAAAUAGAUGAAAAGUACAAAGAGCAAAACAAAGAAACAACAGAGGGGCCAAACCAGCUCUCACUAGAGGAACAUUUGGGGCUAGAGGACUCAAGACAUUAUGAGCAGAACCAGGCGGAUGACUCAAGUAAUGAGAAUAAAAUUGACUCAGGAAAAAGAGUGGAGUCCAGUGAUACAAGGUCUUUACUCCGGAGGCUCAGUAGACGUUACACAUUCACUGCCGCCACAGAGAACCUCCACCAAGGGCUCCCGGCAACUGGGCCCAUCCAUAGCUUAAGUAAAGCCCAUAGCUGUAAAAGUUUACAGAUUCAACACAACUUUAGUCUUGGUCAUGAAGAACUUUCUUUGCCAAAAAUUGAGAGUGGUGAUAGUAACGAGAAGAAGGAGAAAAAUUCUGAUGUUUCUCUGAGAGACAGGAAGAAAAACCUGAUGGAAGAACUUUUUGGACCUGGGUACAAUGUUAAAAACAGUUUUUCAAGUGACUUUGUAACUUCAGACCAAGAGUUUAAUUUCUAA